UUGACAUUUAUAUUGACACAGAGCAGAUGGCGUAGCUCGCGCUUCGUCGUUUCCUUCCGAACCGCAGAACAAACCAUUUCCUUUUGUGACAAUUUGUGAAACGUUCAUCGCGUUUCAUUGUAAAAAUCAUUAAAAUAAACGGCAAUAGGGCAUGGUCGGUAAAGUUUUUCGCACGAAAAACCGUGUCAUAAAAUCUGUAAUCGUGGUUAAGUUUUUUUGUGCCAAGUGCAACUAAACUAUCAAGAUUCCGCCGAUAAUUCAAAGCCUACCCAGUGGGUGGCUUAUUUUGGUCUUGAGUUCUGACAAAAAUGGACAGUAAGAAGGACUCAUUUUUCUUUUCAAACAAGAAAGGUAAUCCCAAGAAUGAUGAUAGCAAACAACAACAGAAGGAAAAGAGACAAAAUCAAUUCAAUAAAAACAGAAAUAUAGGUGAUGCUGGGACAAAAAAGGAAAAAUCUGCUGAUGAAAAGAAACCAUUCGAUAAGAAAACUUAUCGUUUAAAAAAAUAUAGCAAAAAAUACAAGCUGGAACAGUGGGAAGAGCAGCGAAAGAAAAAGCUGUUACGUAAUUAUUAUAAAGAUGUGAAAAAUGAGACCGCUGGUAGUUACAAACCUAAAUCGUUUGAUGAAGACAAUGUAGACUCCGGCAAGGAAGUAGGUAAAUUUGUUAGACAUCCCGAUCUUAUUGAAAAAGAGAAUAAAAUAAAGAAUAAGGAUCCAUUUCAAAAGGCUAAAGAGCAAUACAGUAAAAUACAGCAGGAGAAGUUGGAAAAGAAACAUGAAAAGGAAAAGAUGAAAGAAGAGAGAAUGCAGAAGUUGCAAGAGUAUAAGAAGAAGAAACAGGAUAGGUUCAAGAAGUUGAGUAGGAAGACUAAGAAGGGGCAGCCAGUGAUGACUGGACGGCUCGAGUUGCUGCUGGAGAAGAUUCAAAAAGGAGGAAAUUAGAAAAAUGACAGGAAAAUAACUACAUGAUUCAACUACUAGCUGAGAUGAAUAAGCUUAAAUGAUAUACAAUUAUUGACUUGUAUUUUUACAAUUGCAUAACAGCAAAUCUAGUAAAAACUUUUAUAUAAUAUGCCGUGCUUUUGCCAUACACCUUAUCAUUUAUCAUGUUACUGGCAUGGAACUCUCUGACGCGUUAAUAGAGGCGAAUUUUCAAUGAAUUUGGGUAGGCUGAUAUGCUGGUGACUAAACACCAUCAGUUUUUUAAUACCUUUACAAGAAAAUACCUAUUUGCUUUCAGAGAUGAGCAGGAGUUCAGAAUGUUAUUAUAGUAAUGUACUUAAUAGUUCUAAUGUAUUUUAAAAACAUUGCUUUAGUUCCAUUUUUUUUUUUCAUUUUGGAAAUGAAUUGUUCUUUUUUACUGAAUUUUUGAGUAACUAGGUUAAGAAAAUGUUGCUUGCAUUUAAAUUUGUGACUAUGUAAUUAAAAAUUGGCAAUAAAUUA